AGCCAACAAUGAAACAGCGAGAUGACCUUCUGCAAUCUGGAGAUUUCAAUGAAAACUGCAGGCAGAGAUUCUGAAAUGAAAAUCUUUGUGUUCACCAUUGUUAUUGUGCUGUUCUACAUGGUGCUGGAAGUCAAAGCAACUCAAUCAGUAAACACUCCUCAACAGUGCUGCUUUAAAUUCACCACUAAACAACUGCCUAAAAAUAUCAUUGAACGUUUUGAAGUAACAAAUAAGCAAUGUCCUCUAGCUGGAGUCACAUUUUACACUAAAAAGGGUUACCAAAUUUGUGCAAAACAACAUGACGAAUGGGUAAAGAAACUCACAGAACCUAAUAAGAAGGAAUGAAGAGGAAGAUGGAGAGUUAAAUAAGAAACAAUGACACAUUUUAUAAAAUUUUAUAAUCUUGAGAAAGAAUUAACAAAAGGUGGGCAAAAUAAAAUCCAAAGACUGUUGUAAGGGAGAAACACAUUCUCUGGAGAAAAGAGAACAAAAAUCUUCAUUGAGAUCAGAGAUCCACUCUUUGUGUUCCUACGUGUAUUUUAAUUGUAAAGUUCUUUCUGUUACACAGUUAAGCCAUGUAAAUGUGCAGACAGUUUGCAUCUUCUUUAUAGUUUGAUUGUGAUAGCAUGUAAAAUGCUUUAAAAUAAUGUGAAACCAUAAAGGAUCCAUAAUGACUUCCAUUUUAUUGAAAGGUUUAUGAUGUUGUAAUGUCCAUCUUAAUUUUCAUUUUCAAUUUACUCUUACUGUAUUUAAAUUAAAUUGUUUUAUUCUAUAUUUUUUAUUCUCAUUUAUUUCUUCCUGGUAUUGUUACUAUUACAGGCAGCUAUUUGUGUGAGUUUUAAAUUGUGGCAUUAUAUUUGUUUUCUAUGGAUCCAUAAUUUAAAGGUCAUAUCAUUAAGAUUUAUUUAUUAAUAAAUAAAUUCACUUUAA